CGACCUCUGGCGGCCGCUUGCCGCACUGCCGCACAUCCGUCCUGGCAGCCAGCGGAGGAAGCCGGAACCAGAACCGGAGUGGUGACGAGGUGAAGCCGCAGCAGGAGCCUCGGAUCGGACAGCCGCGCGCCGGUACCAGGAGGCUGCAGCCCGAGUCCGUCCCGUCCAACUGUUGCUGCCGUCGAUGAGUCUCGUCAGGUGAGCGACGCUUGUUGGUUCUGCUUCACCGUCAGCAUCGGAGGAGCGGCGGCUGAUGUCAUGGUCUCGAUCAGUCCGUCCAUCAUCUUCACCACCACCACCACCACCAUCAUCAUCAUCAUCAUCAUCAUCAUCAUCAUCAGUAAAGCCAUUCGGUUCAUGAACAGCCGAGUUCCUCCCAACAAGAGAUACCAGCCCACGGAGUACGAGCAUGCGGCCAACUGUGCCACGCACGCGCUGUGGAUAAUCCCCAGUCUGCUGGGCAGCUGGCUGCUUCUCUUCCACUCGGGCGACCAGUGGCAGCGGGUGUCGGCCUGGAUCUAUGGCGCCGGACUGAGCUCGCUCUUCAUCGUCUCCACCAUGUUCCACACCGUGGCCUGGAAGAAGAGCCACCUGAGGUCGGUGGAGCACUGCUUCCACAUGUGCGACCGCAUGGUCAUCUACUUCUUCAUCGCCGCCUCCUACGCCCCCUGGCUGAACCUGCGCGAGCUCGGACCCUGGGCCGGUCACAUGCGCUGGCUGGUCUGGGUCAUGGCCUCCUGCGGAACCACCUACGUCUUCUUCUUCCACGAGCGAUUCAAGCUGGUGGAGCUGAUCUGCUACACGGUGAUGGGCGUCUUCCCAGCUCCGGUGCUGCUCUCCAUGCCGGAGCAGUCGGGUUUGUACGAGCUCCUGCUCGGCGGCGCCUCCUACUGCCUGGGCAUCGUCUUCUUCAAGAGCGACGGCAUCGUGCCGUUCGCGCACGCCAUCUGGCACCUGUUCGUGGCCACGGGAGCCGCCGUGCACUACUACGCCAUCUGGAAGUAUCUGUACGUGGGGCCGGCCAAUCAGGUGCAGACCUCCAGAUGACAUCAUCGCCGGCUGGCCGCGAGGACUUUGCCCUUCCAGAAACCGGCUUCCCAGACCACACGGGUGUUUGCACGCCACUCUCGGCGUCUUGCGCCAAUGGCGACUGCGUUGCGACUGACCACGGCGCUGGUCUGGUUGACCUG